GUCAGCUCGAAAUUAAUCUCUAUAUAAAUCGGCACUAUUUUCCCUCAGACGCUUCGUAGCCUUUCAAUCGUGGACGCACUGACUAAGCAGCCUAAAGCAGUUAGAUCGGGAGUCCACGUAGAGAAGGCAAGCGAGGCGUUCUAUCUGAGAUAAAUGAAAAUGAGAUAUUUCCGAUCAGCAUACCGUGACCUCGGAGAAACGUCCAAGCAACAACCAAUGCUAUAAUUUUGAGAUGGCUUGUUUGACGAGCGGAGUCCUGGAGCAAACCUAUAAGAUAUCGCAAACAAAUGGAUGGUCAAGCAGCAACAGAAUUCGCUCUAAGGAAGUUGAGAAUAAGAAUACAAGCGGAAAUUACAGAAGCAAGAAUAGGCCACUCUUGACUUCUGUCUAAGCUAGACCGCUGAAAAGUUUUGACAUUCGAGGCUCCAGAACUUGUUUUUGUCAUAUACCCGAGGUACUAGUACUUAACGAUGUGAUAAAAGUUUGUACUUCUGUACCUCAAAGGGUAAGGCAUGCCAAGAGUGGAGCGAAAGUUCGCCGCUCAGUGGCAACCAAGGGCUGAAGCGACUGGGAAAGAACUAGUCAUUGUGUCCUGAGAAGUUGUCUCGUCGUCGGAGGUAAAGCGUCAUAAACUUCUGCGAGCCUUGUAUACUAAACAAGCGGAACAAGCGAUAUCCAGUGCACGUUGGAAUCCAGACAGUUGAGGUCUCCGUGUUUCAGGGGAAGGCUGAGGGAGGGAGGAGGCGGUAUCGAGCACGCGAGGAGGGAGGGUUGAAGCAACAGGUAAAAAGAAUCAAACGACACAUAGUCUUCGGCUUCCCUUACCCUUACCCUUGCCCUUACCGGAAUAUAUGUGGGUAGAAUUACCUCCCUACUCUAGGCAUGCAUGUAUUCGUAAGACUGUACUACGCUGCUGCACUGCACUGCACUGAACUGCAUGGCGAUAGAGAGUGAGUAAGAUAUUAUACUUUUUCUCUCGCGCGGGCGGACCGAAGUGCUAUGCACUGCAGUGCAGAAAUAUUAUAUUAAUGAGGCCGAGUGAGCGUAAGGAGCGGCACAGCUUCGGGAACGGCAGGCGGGGGCGUAGCGAGCGGCGAGUGCCCUGGUUGGUGGCAGGGAGGCAGGCGGGGCAGGAGGCAGGAGGCAGGGCAGGAAAGAGAGAGGCAGAGAGCGAGAGGGAGGGAGACGGAGACGGAGACGGAGACGGAGAGGGAGAGGAGAGGGAGAGGAGAGGGAGAGGAGAGGGAGAGGAGAGGGAGAGGAGAGGGGAGGGACAGGCAACGCAGCCAAGCGAAGCGAGGCGAGGCGAGGCGAGGACGACCGAGAGGACUGGACUGGACUGGAACUGGAGAGGAGAGGGCGAGGAGACGAGAGAGGCUGACUUCGAUCCAUCGAGCAUCCCCGUCGUCAACUUCUCCACGCCCACCUCCCUCCCUUUCCCAUUACUCACCCUUGACGUGACGACACGACCCGACCCGGCCACCCUUUCGCAGGCGACUUCUACUUCCAAGAUUUGUUCUGUUUCUUCGAGCUUUGCUUUUCUAGUUCCCACGAUUUUUCUCGACGAUCGCAGCCCACAGUGAAAGUCUCCUUUGCUUCGAUAUCCGGCAGUAUUCGGCCUACCCGCCUACGAUAGAAAACCGCCCCCGCACUGCCCAACACAACUUCUAAUUGUCAACACGACUUGGCUAUGGUGUGUCCGAUAGCAGCCUAGGAUAGCGGUGGAAGUGAAUAGCUGUGAGCUUUCAACGCGUUCGUGGUCUCGUGUAGACGCGUCCUGCUGCACGAAAGGAGAGGGGCAGGCAAUACAUCAACUCGACCUUCUGAACCUAUCUCGAAAUCCUACCACGUCGAUCCGUCAUAACACAACCAAAGUCAUGGAUCCUCCGACACGUUCGUUUCCCAAGCGUCGUGCCUCUGCGCAGACUAGCACCAUGGCACCACAGCAGAACUUCGGAUCAGAUGGCUCUCCGAGUCCCUUGCCCUCGAAUCCCAGACACCUUCAAAGCCCUGCAGAUGGCCAACCGUCUCGUCUGCGGAGUCAAACAGUCUCGGUCGGUUGGAUAGAAGGAGAUGACAUAGUCUCUCGUCGGACUUCAAGACUACAGAUAGAGCUAGCUGAGUGUGUGGAGACUAAAACAGUGACGACAACCACGACCACGAAACGAUCAUAUCCGCCUCUCCUAAUCCAACAACAAUCGCUUGAGCAGCUUAACGCCAAGGAGUAUCCCCUUGCAAUGAAGCCUCCUCCAGCAGAGCUUAUGAAGUUCUCAUACGAGAUUGGAAGAGAAGCAACUCCGGACCAGGUAGAUAAAGUCCAUGAGGACCUUCAGAUUUCUACUCGCCCGCACACUAACACCAUGAACGAAUUGAACAAUUAUUCUAACGGCCGACCAUACAAGGGCUCUUCAGUUGAGAAGGGAGGUUCUCAACGAAAUUCCAGACGUGCCGACCGACUCAACCAGGAAUUGGCUUCAGCGUUGCAGAAAAGAUCGACUAGCCGCCUGCGAGAAAUGCUUCCCGAUUCCCCAAUGUCGAUGGGCGGGAUACAUAGAUCUCAUAACAAGGAUGCUAAAAAGGCAGCAGGGUCCGAUCUCGAUAUGCCCAACGGAGGACGUCGUCGACAUAACCAUGGACUAGGUAUGCAAAUAUCUGGAGAUCCUGCAUUUCCUGCCACACCUGAUAUAUCCGAACACGACGUUUCCACAGAUCGCACUCAACCCCCCUUUUUUGAAAACACAUACACUCCACAGUCUGGACUGAGUCAGAAUGACUCUUUCGAUGAUGUACCAAGCCCAUCUGAAGCAUUAGACCAAGAAUCAUUUGCCAAUGCAGUUGCUACGCCUCCUAUUGCCGAGUCCGACCUUGAACCUGUUGAGGGUGCCAAUGCCACCUUCAAUCAAGGAUCUGCACGACCAACUUUGAAUACAGCAGCAGCUCAAAAUGCAAGCCUACCGAGCCCUGGACUUUCACCAACGUUUGCUUCUGCUGAACUACACCAAGAUCCAUUUCCUGGCGCUGGAUCAGCCGAAGAUGACGAAGUUGCUGCAAGUCCUGGAACACAAUCUGGAGACAGCCAAGAAGUUAAUGAGGAUGAAAUAUUGUGUCUUACGAAUUCUCAGGCUCUUUCCGUUUUCCGACCUGACGCGGGCGAGCUCUCUGAUGUCCGAGAGGCGCAUACACCCUCAGUCAUGGAUACACACUCAAUGCUCCAUACCUUUGAUGCUAUGCCUCCCGAGAUGCAAUCUCUGAUGAUGUACCAACUGCUCCGACGGUGCUCCAGGAAGACCCUUCAUAUGAUUGCCGACGUUGUUAAUCCCGCAUUAAAGUGCGAUUUUUUGGACCAACUCCCGAUGGAAUUGAGUCUCCAUGUUCUUAGCUUCCUGAACCACAGGGAUCUAUGCCGAGCAGCUCAAGUAUCGAAACGCUGGAGAGACAUUAUCGAUACCAACGAAACUGGCUGGAAGGAACUAUUCGACCAUGAUGGUUUUCUUUUACCUGCUGGGGAGCUUGAUAGAGCUAUUCAACAAGGUUGGGGAUGGCAGGAUCCCGUUGGCCCAGAUGGCUUUGAGCAGGACUUGAGCGUUGAGCGAUCUCCAGAUGGAGAAUAUGCCAACGCUCCUACCGUCAAAGUCGAGGCUGGCCCGGUUCGGAAGGGUCGCUCCGCUACGAAGAGAAAGCGGGCAACAGGAGGAUCAGGUCUCGACCGAUCGAAACGCAGAGCAAUCAGCCAUGAGUUCGCUGACAAGGCUCAUGGAAUGCUAGCGAAAUACCCCCAAUCAGCCAAGUUCCACAAAUCAGAAGGCCCGAUCAGUGCUGCCAGUGCUGCUGCUUUGGCAGUCCCAGAUCCAGAAUCGAGCUUACCAGGACUCCGGAAAUUGCACCUGUUCAAAUCGCUGUACCGCCGCCAUUACAUGCUGCAGAACAGCUGGAUGAAUGGCAAAGUUGCGCCUCAUCAUUUUGCAUUUCCAGCUCAUCCCGCACAUGUCAUUACCUGUCUCCAGUUCGAUGAUGACAAGAUCUUAACAGGCUCUGAUGAUACACUUAUCCAUGUUUAUGACACUAAGACUGGAGUUUUGAGAAAGAAGCUUGCUGGCCACGAAGGAGGCGUCUGGGCACUGCAAUACGAAGGAAACGUUCUCGUUUCUGGAUCUACAGACCGAUCUGUUCGAGUCUGGGAUAUAGAGAAGGGUCUCUGUACCCAAGUAUUCCAUGGACAUACCUCCACAGUUCGUUGCCUGCAGAUUCUCAUGCCUGAAAUGACAGGAAAGUUGGAUAAUGGUAGACCGCUCAUGGUUCCCGAAAAGCCACUUAUCAUCACAGGCUCUCGCGACUCCCAGCUCCGGGUAUGGAGGCUGCCUGAGCAAGGAUCGAAGCGAUACAUCCAAACCGGACCUCCAGCCAAUGAUGCCGACUGCCCUUACUUUGUUCGUACCUUGACUGGCCACCUUCACUCGGUGCGCGCCAUCGCUGCUCAUCAAGAUACACUUGUCAGUGGCAGCUAUGACAAUACUGUCCGAGUUUGGAAGAUCUCUACCGGAGAAACAGUUCAUCGUCUUCAAGGACAUGCCAUGAAAGUCUACAGUGUUGUACUUGACCACCAGAGAAAUCGUUGUAUCAGUGGCUCCAUGGACACCUUUGUCAAGAUUUGGUCUCUAGACACUGGUGCGUGUCUUUUCACACUGGAAGGUCAUACUUCUCUGGUAGGUUUGCUGGAUCUUCGAGAUGAACGACUUGUGUCUGCUGCAGCCGACUCAACUCUCAGAAUCUGGGAUCCUGAGAGUGGACAAUGCAAGAGCACACUCAGCGCCCACACUGGUGCAAUUACAUGCUUUCAACAUGAUGGCCAGAAAGUUAUAUCCGGAUCUGACAGAACUCUGAAGCUGUGGAACAUUAAGACUGGCGAAUGCAUCAAGGACCUUUUGACCGAUCUCAGUGGGGUUUGGCAAGUCAAAUUCGACGAACGAAGAUGUGUAGCUGCAGUCCAGCGGGACAAUUUGACAUAUGUUGAGGUUCUUGACUUUGGUGCUUCUCGUGAUGGCAUUCCUGCUUCCCAACGUGGUGCUCGGAGACUUCUGCCAGAUAGCGAAGACCGUGUCAUUAUCGAAGAAGAAGACUCAUGAGAGUUGAAACGUAAUGCUAAUGAGAACGACAAGGAAAGGGGACAAUGCUUCCGGCGUUACUCCCGAG